UGCACCAACUACGAUGUGCAACAACUUUUUCACCGAUCGCUCCAAAGUAGCCCUUCGCCAAUCUCCCUUUUGUAGAUCACGGCCAGUGUCUGUGAGGAAGAAGAAGAAGAAGGCGAUCAGCAUAGCACGCGUGGAGCUCGAGCUGACCUUAUUUCUGUUCCCGACACGCUUGACGGCGAACAUUCCAGUGACAAUGACCAACCGCAUGAUAUUCCUCGCUGGCCUGCUGCUCCUUACUCUCGUAUUGUCGGCACCCGGUUACUAUGGGACGUCCUGCAACUCGGAAUCUUGUGACCAGAGCUACGACAUUAAGGCCACGGAGAAUGCGUCCCCGCGUUCCGGGAUAAUAUCGAACCAGGGGGCCUCUGCCAACACAGGACCGAUCAAAGUCCACGAUCAUUUAGAAGUGUCUUACGGAGAACAGGACAGAUUCGCGAGUGCUCUUUCGGGACUGCCCCUUACGCAAGACAUCUACCCCUGCGCCUUCCGCAUGCUCACCCGCAAGAAGCUGAACACGAAACCUGUCGUGGCAUUGGGCUGGGUCUCCAAGGAAACAAUGCUUUGCCACUCGGUCAACCCAAAGCCCAAGGACAACACAAUGCAAGCAUUCUACCCAAUAACCUCCUGUGUCUUCUACUUGAUCAGGAACCAGACAUUACAGCAGUCGAAUAAGUGGGACAACCGGACAACAUUCAGCCCUGACUCAAAUCACGGUUACAAGGUGAAUAAACGGCGGGAUAUCUUCCACGUUUUGUACCAGGCCAAUCCGAACGACUUCGUUAUUGGAUUCGCUUACAGAGAUAAGCGUGAGACAAAAGGCCACUUCAACUACAAAGGGAAACAUCUUGAAGUCGACCUCAAUACAACACUGCAUUAUGUUAUAGGGAGUUUCCACGGAGGAUAGUGCUGGAAGCCUGAUCUAAUAGUUGUACGUUAGUACGUAAUAAAUGAAUGAAAUGA